GACGCAUGCGUAGUAGGUAGACGUGCGUGGUCUUUUUCGUCGACAUGAGCCAUAGAAAGUUUUCGGCUCCCCGUCACGGCUCUCUUGGAUUUCUUCCGAGGAAACGGUCUCGCCGUCACCGAGGAAAGGUGAAGUCGUUUCCAAGAGACAACCCGUCUCUCCCACCUCAUCUCACCGCCUUUAUUGGAUACAAAGCCGGAAUGACUCACGUCGUCCGUGAGCCCGACCGUCCAGGCUCCAAGGUCAACAAGAAAGAAGUCGUAGAAGCGGUAACGAUCGUAGAAGCAGCACCAAUGAUUAUUGUUGGUAUUGUCGGAUACGUGGAGACGCCACGUGGUCUGCGAGCGCUCAAGACCAUCUUUGCUGAACAUCUCAACGCCGAAUGCAAGCGUCGCUUUUACAAAAACUGGUGUAAGUCUGAAAAGAAAGCUUUCAGCAAGGCGUCGCUCAAAUGGAGCCAAGGGUUGGAAUCUGUAAACAAAGAUUUCGAUAGAAUCAAGAGAUAUUGUAAAGUUAUCCGGGCUCUCGCACAUACUCAGCCGAAGAUGAUGAAAAUGCGCAUGAAGAAGGCUCACAUAAUGGAGAUCCAAGUGAAUGGUGGCACUGUGCCCGAGAAGGUUGACUGGGUGAGAGAACAAAUGGAGAAGCCUGUUACAGUAGAAAAGGUGUUUUCUCAGGAUGAGAUGAUCGAUGUCAUCGGUGUUACGAAGGGCAAGGGUUUCAAAGGAGUGACAUGUCGCUGGAAGACCAAGAAGCUUCCUAGGAAGACACACAAGGGUCUAAGGAAAGUGGCUUGUAUUGGAGCUUGGCAUCCGGCUCGAGUGCGAUAUUCUGUCGCAAGAGCUGGCCAAAUGGGUUAUCAUCACCGAACAGAGGUAAACAAGAAGAUCUACCGUGUUGGGAAGGGAUUACACCAAAAGGAUGGAAAACUGAUCAAAAACAAUGCAGCGACACAAUAUGAUGAUACAGACAAGAGCAUCACACCAGUGGGAGGAUUUCCACACUAUGGAGAAGUGAACCAAGAUUAUUUGAUGCUGAAGGGCUGCAUUAUGGGACCAAAGAAGAGAGUCGUCACACUCAGGAAGUCACUUUUAGUUCACACAAGUCGAGUGGCCUUGGAGAAGAUUGACCUGAAAUGGAUCGAUACAGCUUCCAAGUUCGGGCAUGGUCGAUUCCAAACACCACAAGAGAAGAAGAACUUUAUGGGUCUUCUCAAGAAGGACAAAGAAAAAGAAGAGGCGUGACUGACUCCUUGACUUUAUUGUUCUGUCUAGCAAUUGUUGUCUAUAAAGAUGGGCGAUAUGUACAAUUUUACUGACAAUUGAUUACUAGGA